AUGUCGACUGUACGAUUAUUAUCAGAUAAUUUUAUACAAUUAUUUUUCGUUCGACGUUUACAAUGGAGACGUUAUUUUCUACUAAAAUCGAUUGGAUUUUUAAUUAUAUUUAUUUCAUUAAUAAUCAUUGCACGAAAUUCUUCUUAUCAAAAUCGUUCACUUUCAUUUCUUUCAUCGAAAAGUGAUUCUAUUUCUUUAUCUCCAUUAUAUUUACAAAAAAUACUUAUUACAAAAUUAAAUUUAACUCAAUUAACAUUAUCAACACCAUCAAAUUAUCUUGAUCCAUUUGUUUAUUCACGAAUUCAAUUUACACAUAAUGAUGAACGACGAACUGAAGCAAGUCGAAAAUGGUGUCAAGCUCAAAGUAAAUUUAUUCGACCACAAGAUCUUGAACCAUUUAAAUGUACUAAUAUAAAACAAUUUGAAAAUAGUGAUCAUAUAUUUUGUCUAGAUCUAUUGACACGUAAUUCUUGUUUAAUUAUGUCUAUUUCAAUGGGUAAUAAUCGACUUAGUGAUACAUUUGAUAAUCAAUUAUAUGAUUGGGCUGGUUGUCGUUUAUUUACAUUUGAUCCUUAUCAACAAUCUAUACAAACAAAUACAAGUGAUAUAAUGAUAAAUAUUAAAUCAAAUUGGACAUUUUAUAGAUUAGGUUUAACAGCAUCAGCUGCUGUUGAUGAUAAUUCAAAUUUAAUGACAAUAAGAAAAUUAACUGAAUAUAUACAUCUUGAUUCAAUAUCAGUACUUAUUGAUAUUCUUAAAAUUGAUAUUGAUAAUGCAAAUGAAUGGAAUUUAUUAGAUGAUAGUGAUUUUUUACUUUAUAUAUGUCGACAUGUUAAACAAUUAAUAAUAAAAACAAAACCAAUACAUUCAAAACGUUUUCAACAUUAUCGUAUAUAUACACUUAAAUUAAAUAAAUGUUUUUCAUUAUUACGUCGACGUUCACGUCUUUAUUUACUUGGACGACAUAAUCAAUUUGAAACUGAAUGGUCAUUAACAACAUUUUCAAUUAAUCUUGGUUUAUUUUGUGAUGAAAUUGAUAUGUCAAUGUAUUUGCUUGUUUAUGGUCAUUUAUAUCUUGUUAAUACAAAACUUUAA